AUGGGUAUCCCAGCGGACAAGAAGACGGUGCUUAUUACUGGAUGCACACCUGGAGGCAUAGGCCAUGCCCUAGCUAGGGAGUUUCAUGCCAAAGACAGUUUCAAUACAGGGCUGCAUGUUAUUGCAACUGCCCGUCGCCCAGAGGUUCUGAAGGACUUGGGCGAGCAGGGCAUGACGACAGUUGCUCUUGACGUAACUAGCUCCGAAAACAUCGCAGCAUGCAAGCAAAGGGUUAACGAGCUGACCGGAGGUCGGCUUGACUUUCUCGUCAACAAUGCAGGCCUCACCCACACCGUCCCAGCUACAGACAUCAACAUGGAUGAGGUUCGCCAGACGUUCGAGACGAACGUGUUUGGCGUCAUGGCCAUGGUUCAGGCUUUUGUGCCCCUCCUGAUCCCGACACGAGGCUUGAUUAUCAUGAUUAGCAGUCUCUCAUCCGUGUCGCCUUACGUCUUUGGCUCUGUGUAUACAGCCACCAAGGGUGCUUUGAACUCCUACAGCCGUACUCUUCGUCAGGAGCUGCGUCCAUUUGGUGUCCGCGUCAUGGUUUCAAUGACUGGUACUGUCAAAAGUGAGAUCGCUAAGCUCAACCGCGAACUCCCGCCCAACUCGCUCUAUACCCGAGUCAAGGACUUGUACGCCAAACGACUCAAAUUUUCUCAGAACAAUGCUACUGUCAGCACGGAAGAUUUUGCCCAGCAGCUCGUGGCUGAGGCAUUGAAAGGUGAGGGUUGGUUCGGAGGUUGGUUUGGAGGUGCUAGGAAUUGGUUCUGGGCUGGAGGUAUGGCUUGGUCGAUCUGGCUGUCUCGACUCCUGUUUGGUGAAUUGCUCUUGGAUGAGAUUGCCUACAGGAAGUUUGAACUUCCCAAGUUAGAGGCCAUUGUUCGCAAAGAAGGUGUUAAAAGACUCGACUAG